CCCUUUUUCAUCCCCGUGUCCGCCGCUCAGCCUCCACAGUCCCUGCAUUCAGCCUCAGCCUGUAUCAACUGAGCUAAGAAGAGCAGACCGCGAUGUCUAUGCCCGAGCGCUUCGACUGCCAUUACUGCAAAGACUCCCUGCUGGGGAAGAAGUACAUAAUGAAAGAGGACACACAGUACUGCACUAAGUGCUAUGAGAACCUGUUUGCGAACUGUUGUGAGGGUUGCUCUUUACCGAUUGGCUCUAACUGCAAGGACCUGUCCUACAAGGACCGCCACUGGCAUGAGCAGUGCUUCAAAUGUUCAAAGUGCAGCCGCUCUCUGGUGGAGAAGGCCUUCGCCGCCAAGGAUGAUUUGCUGCUGUGCACCGAGUGCCACGCCAAUGACUACUCGUCCAAGUGCAACACCUGCAAGAAAACCGUCAUGCCAGGUUCUCGUAAAAUGGAAUACAAGGGGAACAGCUGGCAUGAGACCUGCUUCCUUUGCCACCGCUGCCAGCAGCCAAUAGGAACCAAGUCCUUCAUCCCUAAAGACGCCGGUUACUUUUGUGUGCCCUGCUUCGAGAAGCAGUUUGCAUACCAGUGCUGCGCCUGUAAGAAGGCUAUAACCACAGGUGGAGUCACCUACCAGGAGAAGCCCUGGCACCGGGAGUGUUUCCUCUGCAUUGGCUGCAGGAAGCAGCUGUCAGGCCAGCGAUUCACCUCUCGGGAAGAUUACCCGUACUGCCUCGAAUGCUUCAGCAACCUGUAUGCAAAGAAGUGUGUGGGCUGCACCAAGGCUAUUACUAGUCUGGCCGGGGCCAAGUACAUCUCCUUUGAGGAGCGCCAGUGGCACAGCGAGUGCUUCACCUGCAUGCAGUGCGCGAUAUCGCUGGUGGGACGCGGAUUCCUCACCAAGCGCGACAACGUUCUGUGCACCGACUGCGGCAGGGAGAAAUGACCUUUUCGUGGAAGGAUCCCACCUUUGGUCCCAGUGACAACAACAGCUCAUAGUCUCAUACAGAUGUUGCCGAGCCGUGAUGAAAAAUACCUUAUUAGCAUGCCUGGUACAUACACAAACUGAAUGUCAAAAGCUUGUUUUGCUGCUGUGAAUGACCAUGGCUUCUCUUCCACACACUGCCACAGAAAGACGCAUAAACUACACUUCACUGCACAAUCUUCCACUAUUUACAUUACAUUAUACACAACAUCACGUCAAAACAAUUGCCAAAUAAAUUUCGUCAAAAUGUUUGAUGCUUAAAAUAGGUUUAAUCUUCAUUAUACUGAUGAUUUUAUUGCAUAGUUAGAUGGAAGAGAGCCAUACUAAUGCAACAAUAAAUGAUGCAUGAUUUGCCUGGUUUUUCAUGUGAAAUGCUUCGAACUCUAAAAGCUGUUGCAAUAAACACAAUUCGAGACUG